AUGGGACGCUCAAAGAAGGCUGAGAAAAAGUCCAAAAGCAGGCCUAAAGGCAAGCCCAAAGGAAAGCCUAAGGACAAGUCUAAGGUUGAACCUGCGGUAGAAGACCAGGCAACGCCUGCAAAUAAGCCUGAAGAUAAGCCAAUACUUCCGAAAACGCCGUCGCCACAAGAAACCCUCAGCAAGAGGACGUCUCACAAGGGAGUUCUUCUUCCCUAUCCAGGAGAAUUGCGGUUUGCGCCGCCGCCGCCGCCGCCAUCACCACCUGCGACAAGUCCUCUGAUCGCGGAACCAUCAGAGUUUAGUGGAAGGCCAGAGGAUACUCCGUUACACCGAUGUCAGCAAAGACACCGAAAGCGAGGAGGUAUCGAACAGUCCAUAAUGAUCCGAAGGAGACUUGGAGAUGAGAUGAAAAAGAGGCAAGAAGAAGAAGAAAGGCAGGAGGAGGAAGAGGAAAAUCGAACAAGAGCCGCUCAAGCCGCCAUUCUUCCUCUCCCAGGACCUCGCAUUUGCCGAUUCUGUGGUGUCACUUUUGAUCCUAAGGCCAACAACGCCUGUCCUAACCACCAAAUUCACUAUGGAGAAUUGCAGUACGCAUUCACAUCAACCAAGGAUCGGUGGACGAUGGAAGAGGAUAUCCAAGUAAAGGAAAAAUGGACGUGUUGCCAUAAAGAGAGCCAGGAUAGCCCGGGAUGCGCAUAG